GCCAUUUUUUGUCCUUUCUCAUGAUCUUCUUUCGCCUGCCUUUAUAAGCCAUUCAAAACUACAUCUUCCUCAAUCACUAAAUCUUUUUAUCUAUUUUACUCUAUAUAUUAGCUUCCAGAAAUGUCAAGUUCAAAAACAAGCAUGAAAGCACCCUUGGAACAACAAACAUGUCCCGCAGCUAUGGUUUUUCCAUUCCUUCAAAGGAAUACAUCCAUAUCUCAUAAUAAUGAAAGGAGAGGGCGGCGGAAACAAGCAGAGCCAGGGCGUUUUUUAGGAGUAAGGAGGAGGCCGUGGGGGAGGUACGCAGCAGAGAUUAGAGACCCAAGUACAAAAGAAAGACAUUGGCUUGGUACUUUUGAUACUGCACAUGAAGCUGCCCUUGCUUAUGAUAGGGCUGCCCUUUCUAUGAAAGGUACCCAAGCUAGAACUAACUUUAUUUACUCAGACACCACCCCUUAUUUUCCUCUUCUUUCCCCUUUUGAUGGCCCUUCUCUUUUAGCCUCCUCACCAUCAACUCAACUCUUCUCUCUUUCUCCUCCUCUCCUCAAACCACACAUCAACUUUACUACUACACCAUCACAAACUAUCACACUUAAUACUACACCCUCAAAAGUCGACUCCUGUACUAAACUCAAUGAUGAUUUCAACUGCUUUAUUAGUGAUGAUAAUUCUGGUUAUUUGGGUUGCAUUGUCCCUGAAAACUGCUUAAGACCGCCUUCCUCCCUAAAUAAAUAUAACCCUCACCAUAAUAUUGUCAUAAACACUCCAGUUGAUGACCCUAAAAAUGAAGCAUUACCCCUUGCAAAUGCUAACCAAAGCAUUCCACCAUUGACGUCGUCAUAUGACCAGCAAGAUUAUUCUUCUCUAUCGUCUUUCAACAAUAUAGAUGAUGAUGAUCAUGAUAAGUUACCAUGCAAUAAUUUCAGUGAUUAUUGCGAUGAUCUCUCAGCAAUCAUUAACAAUAAUAAUCCAUUAAUGGUUGAAGAUGGUUGCAUGGAAACUUUAUACCCUAUGAUUCACAACGUCGUACCAACGUCAAAUUCUUAUUUUACAAUGCCUUAUGUUACCGCUUAUGCAUCUUCUGAUGAUAUGCUUGACUUGGGGUAUUUGUUGUUUUAGUGCCAUUGCUAUAAUUAAGAUCAUUGCUUUGUUUUAAUUAAAGGUAUCUACGUACUUCUUCUAGCUAUAUGUUUCUUUUUAAACAUCGAUCAUGCAACUGUUUUUAUACGUAAUUAUGUUCUUUUGAUGUAACACAAUAAUAUAUAUACUU